CGAGAGUCUGGAGGAGCCAAGGAAGAUUUGUAUGCUUGGGGCUUCAAAGUCUAAGAGGGUUUUUGAUUUUGUACUGCACAUGUGGAAGACUUAAGUGUAACAUGCUCUUUUGCCAUGAUCUCUGCACAACAGCCACCAUUCCCCAAUAAAAUUCAAAGAACAAUGGACUGCCAGUCCGAGGAAGAAACCUGUGAAGACCAGUAUGACCCUGAAAACUGCACUUGCAGCUCUGAGCAUGCAGAAUCUGACACAGGCUCACCAGUAACUCUUAAAAUCCUGCAGAACUGGGUUCCUAGAGUUUCACACUACUUUGAUAAAGAGCACUAUACAUAUGCUGGUCACCAGAUUGUUAUUCAGGAAUCCAUAGAACACUUUGGAGCCGUGGUAUGGCCAGGGGCACUGGCUUUAUCUCAGUAUCUGGAAUCAAAUCAAGAACAAUUCAACCUCAAAGACAAAAAAGUUUUGGAAAUUGGUGCUGGAACAGGUUUACUUUCUAUUGUGGCUUGUAUCUUAGGAGCUCAUGUUACAGCUACUGAUUUGCCCGAAGUUCUUGAAAAUCUCUCAUAUAAUAUUUCGAGAAAUACACAGAACUUGAAUAUGCACAAGCCUGAAGUGAGAAAACUGGUGUGGGGAGAAGGCCUCAACGAAGACUUUCCUGUAUCAACAUACCAUUAUGAUUUCGUACUGGCAACUGAUGUUGUGUACCAUCAUGGAGCUCUAGACCCCCUGCUAGCAACAAUGGUGUACUUUUGUAAGCCAGGAACAGUAUUGCUAUGGGCAAAUAAAUUCAGAUUCAGUACAGACUACGAAUUUUUGGAAAAAGUUUGCAAUAUAUUUAACACAACCAUUCUAGCAGAAUUUCCAGACUCUAAUGUCAAACUGCUUAAAGCCACAGUAAGAAAGAAUUAAAACUAUUACUGAUU